AUGAUGCAGAGAAAAUCCCACCCUUACGCCGAUAUUAAAGCGGAAAAGAAGGCAGAGGAACUUGGCGAGGAGAUGAAUACAGUCGUGAAGAUUAGCAGUAGAAAUCAACCGGAUCUUGACCUCAUGGAAUAUUAUAAUGAUUGGCGAGCGAAAGAAGCUCAAGAAGUCUAUCAAAAAUCACCGUCAAUUCGCAGCGCUCAAAGUCCAACACCAAGCAUAUCGGCAUCGGAAAAAUCAACCAGAUCCCAAGCACCAGAGAAAGUUGCUCCACCGCCAAUAAGGGAGCGUCGAGACUCCCUCUCAAAAUCCGAACGGGUCCAAAGAGAGCUCGAAGAAGCCAUGAACGAGCUCAAGGCCGCUCGUGCAAAUCCGCCGACGCCGCCUCCCGUCUUUGAAGAUGAAUUGGAUUUCUCCUCGAUCCCGCUGCCGGAGCCGCUUGUCCUCGACUUGUCGGUCGACUCUGGUCACGUGGACAGCGUCGCCGACGAGCUCGUCGACGAACGUGCUCUCGCCACAGACGUCGACCUUUGGAGCAACCAAUCGAACUCGCCGCAGCACUCGCCCCGUCCGCUCAAAUCAAUUCUCAAACGAAAUCCACCAACGCUGGAGUCUGCUGCAAUCGAGAAGUUCGAAAUCGAAGUGCCAGAGAUUUCUUUUACGGAUCAAUCACGCACCGGUACUCUUCAAGUUGAUCGAGUAAAAUCGCCGAAGCCUCCAAGCCCGACACCGAUCCCCUCGAAUUUGCCUCCCAAAGAACCCGAAAUGUCGGUGAAAACAACUCCUUUGAAAACAACGAAAAGAUCUCAAGAGUCCGCUGAUGAGGUUGAUCGACAGUUGGAGUUGCUAAUGAAAAAUUUGAAAACAGGAACGGUUACCGAAGGACCGCAAAUAUCAUCAGUGGGAAUCGACAAACUCAUGUCAAAUUUAUCUGAAAUGAAAGAUGAGAGUGCGAAUACUUGUGCAAGAUGCGGAAAAUCCAUAGUUCCAGAAGACGGUGCACAGGAAGCGAAACAGAUUACGAUUGCCGGGAAGAAUUUGCAUAAAUCGUGCUUCUCUUGCAAGGUAAUCAACCCCUCCCCAUAA